AUGGACCCGUCCCCGUUCCCCGACCUCGGCGAGAGCUCCAACUCAGACACCAGCAGCGCCGCCGCCGCCGCAGGCGGAAGCGGCGGCGGAGGAAGCGGCGGCGCCUCCUCCUCCUCCGGCGGGCUGAGCCGGUACGAGAACCAGAAGCGUAGGGACUGGAACACGUUCGGGCAGUACCUGAGGAACCACCGGCCGCCGCUGUCCCUCGGCCGCUGCAGUGGGGCUCACGUGCUGGAGUUCCUCCGGUACCUCGACCAGUUCGGCAAGACAAAGGUCCACGCGCCAGUCUGCCCGUACUAUGGCCACCCGAGCCCGCCCGCGCCAUGCCCCUGCCCCCUCCGGCAGGCGUGGGGCAGCCUCGACGCCCUCGUCGGCCGCCUCCGUGCCGCUUACGAGGAGAACGGCGGGAAGCCCGAGGCCAACCCUUUCGGUGCCCGCGCCGUGCGGCUCUACCUCCGGGACGUCCGCGACCUCCAGUCUAAAGCACGCGGCAUCAGCUACGAGAAGAAGAAGAGGAAGCGCCAACCGCCGCCACCGCCGCCGCCGUCGGCCGCGCCCGAGGGUUAG